GGUCCAAAACCGGCAGUUCUACCACCCGGCGGUAAACCAGUACCACCUGGAGCAACAGGCGCGGGCGCGAAGGGCGCAGCGGGUAAGAAGGAUGCAAAAGGAGAUGAGAAGAAGGACGAAAAGAAAGAUGUGAAGAAAGAUGAGAAGGAUAAUGAGAAGAAGGACGAGAAGAAGGAAGGAGAGGGCGAUGAUAAAAAGAAGGAUGAGGGAAAGGUCGACAAAGAGGAGAAGAAGGAUGACCAGAAGGAGGAGAAAAAGGAAGAGGAACAGUUGAAAACGGAUAAAACGAGACCAACUGAGAGAGAAUCGAAAAGGAGAGAGAGUAAUAAGGAGGAGGGAAGUAAAAAGGAGGAAGGAAGUAAGAAGGAGGAGGGAGAUAAGAAGGAGGAGGGAGAUAAGAAGGAAGAGGGAGAUAAGAAGGAAGAGGGGGAUAAGAAGGAGGAG